CCCGCGCGCCAGACGCCGCGGCGCACGGCGGCGGGGUGACGCAGAGCCGCACGUACGGCGGCGGGGCCUCCUCCCGCCGCGGCGGCGGCGGCGGGGCCGCGUUGUGUUUUUAUGGCGGCGGCGCUGCCCGGCCUGUCCGCCCUGGCUGCCCGGCUGUCCCGGUCGGCCGCCGCCCGCUCCUACGGCGUGUUCUGCAAGGGGCUGACCCGCACCCUGCUCAUCUUUUUCGACCUGGCCUGGAAGCUCCGCAUCAAUUUCCCCUACCUCUACAUCGUCGCCUCCAUGAUGCUCAACGUACGGCUGCAGGUCCAUAUUGAGAUCCACUGACUGGUGACGUGGUGUGCUGCUUGCGCUGUGUGCUGCAACUGGAGUCAGUCACACUCUUCCACAGAUCCAGCCUGCUGUGAAACACCAAGGCCAUGCUCCUCUUCGCUAGGGCUAUGAAGAAAGAAGAUUUAAAACAGAAACGAGUAUGCGACAACGGCCCAGAUCAUCACAAGGCAGCGGCUCACCCGACACGCGCACAUUCCGUGUUGAACAAUUCUCAAAAUUAUAGUAGCAGUUUACAAAAAGAAUUAUUUUAUUUUAACACCAGGAAUUGUUCUCUCUUUAAUACUAUACCUCUGCCGUCUGUUGGCAAGGAAAUGGCUCUGAGUUUGAGUGAAUCAGCAGGGAGAAACUCAAGUGCAGCUGCUCCUUGGAAGGAUUCAUUUCAUCUGCAUUUUUCUUCUGAGAAAGACAGUCUUAAUAGGGUUUCUCACUGCAUUAAUAGUAUUUCAGUCAUGGCCUGGCUGCAGGAAGCUUGUAGUUUCGCUGGAGACAGCUUUGUAUUUUUUGCACACUUCUGGCUGGGAAAUUUGCGGAAUAAUAAAAAACUGCAGUUUCUGGAAUUAGAAAUGAGCAGCAGCAAAGAGGAUGAACCGCAGCUUGCAUUUCCUAAAGAGUUGGAGCCUGGUGGACUUCCCAAUCUCUGUUCUAUUCCAGUUGCCUCACAGCAUGAAUAUGCUUUGGGACUCUCAAGCAACCAGAAACCAUGUAUUUUUCUUUGUUACUUAAACCUCGUAUCUUCAGAGCAAACACUUGGAUACAAGAAAAUGCUUUCAAAUAUACAAUAUGUGACUAACAAUUUUCACAUCAUACAGCUAGUAAUUUCUGUUCUAGCUUUUGCACUAGCAGGUCUCUGGUAUGCAGUAGUGAAGGUAAAAGAGUACUAAGAUUUUAAUAAUUACUGUUUUUAACAUUAAUAGAAACUUAAUUGACUAAAUAACAGAGACAAGGUUACAGUUCAGGUUUCAGUGAGAAGGAGACAGCUAAAGUAAAAAUUAUACUUGUGUAAUUGUUAGUAAAACUGGCUGUUGGAAUAAUAGGGACUCUUUCUGUAAGAAAUAUCUGUGUCUGAGUGGAAAGAACUUCUUAAUCUCAAAACCCUUUGGGACUUCUGGAGGUCUGCCAUCAACACUAGACUAGAACUCAGUGUGAUUGUUCAGCACAGAUCCGUUGUUUUCCUUAGGGUUUGUAUUAGCUGCGUGUCCUGCCUGCUGUUUACAGCCAUUUCCAAUGACACCGUUUCUUGUAGAAUUGAGUUCCUGCUCUGCAUCCAUCAGUAACUAACGUGUCAGUCUUUAAAAUGCUUUGAACUGGAAAGCUGUUGGGAGGGUGAUCUUCAAUACAGCAUAAUUCUCAGCAGUGUUCCUUCUCAAGGAUGGUACUGCUCUAAUUUAAACAAUCUCUCAUGAGCUUUAUUGUGCUACAAUAGACACUAUAAACAAUUUGCUAAAAUAAUGUUUUCUUUCCUCGAAAAAGUGAUUGUUAUCACUGAAGCAUAGUAAUCAUUUCUGGGCCUGUUGACUUUGGCUUUGGGACAGAUGGGGUUUGGCAAAGAAUGGAGCACGCAUGGUGGAAUCAGUAGAGCUGCUGCGAAUAAUAAUUUGCAGGAAUAUGCUCCCCUGGACAUUUGGAUGGAGAAACUCAUUGUGCAGUAGGUCAAAGCUUGAACUCGGUGUCCCAAAUUCUCAACAAGGGAGUCGCUGUAGGUGGGAUUAAUGUGCUGGAGGGACUUACUUAAAGAGCGAGGUCUCGAUAUGGGGAAGUUUUUAGGAUGCAUUUUCAGCUCACCCUUAAUGCAGAGUGAAGUCAUGCCAGUGAUUCACACACCAAGCAUCCUUUUUGCUAGAUAAUGUGUUUCCUUCAGGAAGGAGAGUAGGUGAUGUUGCAUUUUUUGGAAGGAGACUAGGUGAUGCGGUGUUUAUUUGGGCGUUAGCACACUUGUGUAGAGAAGUCCUUGAUUAUGAAGACAAGAUGCUGGUUAUCAGUGUUAUGGGGAGAAAUGUUGGAAUUUUGUAACCCUGUUUGAGUGCUGAAAGUAAGAUACACUACUUGUUGCGUUAAAUGAUAUGUUGUGUUUUUACUGUCCCCAUUGGUUGGCUAUUUCUUCUGGAUGUUAGAAGAGAUAAAAAGCCAUUUACUUUAAUGUAGAAAAGAAUUUUUUCCCUGGUCUGUACUUCUAUUAAUUGCUUAACUUCUAGACUUUUGACCAUAUGAUUACCUCUCACAAAAUUAUCAAAAACAUUAAAAUAAUAAUGGAUUAUAUAUUUUAAGUAAUUAUUUUAACAGCAACAGCUUCCUCUUGAUCAAACCAUUCAUACUGUUCACUGCCAUCUCCACUGCUGCAUUUUAUCACCCCUGCGGUGGUAUUACAGGAGUGUUUGUGGAUCGAGAUUGCUGAAGCAAUGUGGGUCUGAAACCCCGAACACCAGAAACAAAGAUACUUCUCCAAAAGUCUGUGUAGUUUAUUUGAGUUACGGUGUUAAGCUGUUGUCUGCAUACAGCUUGAACCAAAAAAACACUUGGCAGAGCUGAGGGUAGAGGAAUGAAGGUGGGGAGGGGUUGGAGCCUAUUUCAGCUGGCUUCAUUGCUAAAGAAAACAUUGUGCAACUGCAUCUUAAUCUCUGUAACUAGCUGUAUGGGUAAAGAAAUACUCCUGUGGGGUGAGCUUUUUUCUUUAAGUUGCACAUAAACACAAUCCUGCAUCCACAGCUGAGAGCUUGAACUUCCUAGAUAGCGAACCGGUUGGCAGAGCUGUGCCUGCAGUUGGUACCCGAGACCUCCCCAGUUCAGCGGGAAGAGGCUCGGCUCUGCUCUGCGUCUCUGGGGAACCGCAGUUACGUACAACAAAAUCUUGCAGGUGAUACCGUCAGGUCAAUAGGCAGGAGGAGCAGCUAAAGGCACAAAGGCAUUAAUCCAGUUUUUAAUGCACCUAUUCUUCAUGGUGAUUUUAAAGGGGGGGGGAUAAAGGGUGGGGCAGAAAACGAAACAUGAGAGAAACCAGUUGUAAAUUAGAAUUGAACCGUGUGUGCAGUGGGGUGGGAAGGGUUGUCUUUAUUGAUGCCAAGCCUGUGCAGGAGGGGAUCUUGGAGCGCUGAAUCACGUUAUGUAUCACAGCCCAGCUAAUACUGUCCUGUGUUAAGCAAAACUUGCUUUGAGUGAGUGGCCUUUAAUUACUUACUACAGGAUCACUUUAAAUACAUAUACAAUACAGCUAAGUGAAAUGAUGGAAUUUUUUUGUGUAUUAUAUGUAUAUUGAACAUAAGAUACAAAGAAUAUGUCUUAAGUGAGUGGAUUUAAUCAAUUUUAAGAUAGUUUAUGUACUUUGCCUUGGAUUUUGUUGCUUAAAACCUAAAAGGUAACUUUCUAACUCGAACAUUCCUUCCGAGAGUCAAAUAAAGGAGAGUUGGGUGUGUUAAAAUCUCAUGUAACAUACUGCACUUUAAGCUCGUGGAGGCCAUAAGUUGAAAGCGCUGUUCUUGCACUAAUGGAACUGCGGGACUGGCAGCGACAACACUCAAAUGGCUUUUACUGGCUGGGGGAGAACAGUGAGCCGUAAUGAUGGCGAUCCUUGGAAACUGUACCUAAAUCAAACACUAUAAGGCUUAGGCUGCUGUUCUCUUAACUCAUCUCAAAAGAUGGAAGGUGUCUCAGCUAAAAACCAGUUUGCAUGGAGUUUUGUGGCUUCAAUAAGUCAGAUGUGGAAACCGCUUUUCUGAGUAAAUGCGCUGUUAGGGCUGAGACGGAAGAUCAUUAUAGUACAGAAGAAUAAGGUUUUUAGUGGGGUAAGGGACCUUUACACUGAACCGGGAGUUGCCUUCUUAAUUCCAGUUCCUCUUUCAUCUUGCUGUUCUGUUGGUGUUGGAAAAAGGUGUUUCUAAGCAAACUGUCAGGGUUCUACUAAACAGCUCCCACUUUCUAAAAUUUCAUUGAUCAGCGUCUAGGUCCUUCCUGCCAUAGAUAGCAGAGUUCUAUUUCUGCCAUUAGAAAACAAACUAAGUAAGCAAAUAUUCAAUAUUUAGAGAAUUACCUAGUUGUUUCCCUUAAAUGUACACUUGAGUGGAAAUUUACUAUAUGGUGUACUGCUUUGAAAAAGAACAUAUACUUUUAAAUGUGUGCGCACAGAGCUCUGCAUGUAGCUAAAGUGUCUUAUCGCAGUAUGAUGUUGGAAUGCGUCUGCAAAUGCUUAUUUACGUUCUGACAUUUCGGUGCACGGUGCAGUAGGGAUGGUGGUGUCCUUCUCCGUGUGACAUUAGCCAGUGCGAUCCUAGAAAUCACCUGCGUGCAUCAUCAUGCACCAUGAGACAAUUUUAUCUGUAGACAUUUUUUAGCCUUUUGCUUUUUCAGUGUUGGGUUGUUUGGGGGUUUUUGUUUGGGGUUUGGUGUUGUGUUGUUUGGGUGGUUUUUUUUUUUCGUGUGUUUUGUUGGCUUUUUUAGGACUGUAAAGACUGCACUUUCUUAAACUUUGCCAAAGUUUGCAUUCUUUCUCCUUUUCUCCUCCCUUGCCCCUCCUUAUAGGUAUACCCACCUUUAAUUUUUGGAUGAAAAGUACGUAUGUUUUAUCUUCUCCUAAUGUUUUAUCUUCUUGUCAAGUCGUUCCUUUGGUUUUUAUGGCCUGGUGUUACCUAUAUUUUCUUUCUCUUCCCUCCCCAUCAUUUCUCAGCAUAAGCAUACGGUGAUAUUCUGUUCCGUUUCAAGAACACUCCCUGGCAAUUAAUUAUGCAUAACGAAUUAACAGAAAGCACGUAGAAAUGUAAGUGUCCGUAGUCUGUCAUUAGGCCGUAUGACUAGCGGUAUAUCUGACAGAGCAAGAGAUAGUCAAUGUGACUUAUUUCUGCCUUUUCCCUUCAAAGCAGCUGCUUUGAUUAAAAUCUAAUACUUCAUUCAGAUUUGUCGUACCUCUGUCAGCUGAGAACUGCAGCUGGAAUGUGAGGCUUAUCAAACACAUUGAGGGCAAAACUGAAGAAACAGUCAGACUUGCUUCAAUACUCUUCAGGUUUUUAUGUCAUUAGCAUAACUUUCUGAAAAAUUCACGUGAAUGUGCUCUUAAUACUUUGAAACCUUUUUUUCCUAAGAGUGCGUAGAAUAAAAUGUGUUCUGACACUUGUUUCUGUGAUGUGCAGUCGGUAACUAGGGAAAAAAACUUUUUAGGAUUUUUUUUAAUAUUUGUGACGAAUCCCCUUUUUGCUAUCUCAGACUACAGAGCCUCUGAUCCUCAGGGAAGAGCCGCAUUCGAUAGAACUUUCAGGUAAACAGCUUGUUGCCUAUGAGAAUGUUAAUAUUUCUGAUCAGCACACAUAUUUAAAUACAAGGACACGGAUAUCAACCUGCGGAAGGUGUAAAAACAAGAGUCGUACGAAGUGCUGGAACGAUGCUGUCCUUUUCCACCAUGCGCUAAGUCAGUCCUUUGAAAUCAAUCCCGUGUCGUGUUCCAGAAUCUCUUAUCUUACUCUUUGGAACUGGUGAUACGAGAUUCAGACCGAGCAGAUGGUUAUUUCAUUGUUGCAUUCAAUUGAUGAAAUCAAUUUAAAAGCGAAAACAUUUUAGAAAACAGCCUGAGGGACUUCUGUAAGGAAAAUCUGCCAUGAAAAGAUCCGUUUUAUUUCUGUGAUCUCAGUAUAUUUAUAGUCUGUUUUGCAAAUCUCAUGUCUUCCUUCUUUGUGGAAGAUCUGUAUAAACCUGGUAGCAAAAAUGGUUAAAAUUCAGACUUGUAAAAGUAUUGGUGUUCUUUAAUUUUCCGGUUGUAGUCAGUUUUACCUGUUGUCAUCUAUAAAAAUACCUGGAUGUAACUUAAGCUUUUGUUCUUGGAGGUAGGUAAAUGUGGCGCCUAGCGCCCGAUUCGUCACCUGAGGCUGAGGCGUGUUCCCCGAACUCUCGUAAUGGGCCCAGCUCCCCGCCGUGACCGGCUGCUCCUCAGCGCUGACACCUGGGACGCUGUUGCCCACGCGGAACAAUUCUAGUCUGUGGCCUUGUCUUUGGCUCUAAUUUUUUUUUGUUGUUUUUUUGUUAAUUGCAGUGUGGGAGAUGGAGAAGGCUGGCACAGACCAUUUUUGUUUGUUCCAGGGAAAGAUGUUUACAACUUUGUAUGUAUUUUAGAAAUUUAUUGUAACACUUUUUAACUUGCAAGAGGAGUUUCCGUAGCAAACUUGAAGCCUGUUGUCCUAACGAGGUGAAUACAGAUUUUUGAAUAACAGAGCGCUAUCUAAGCUUACAGAAGCUGCUGAUUGUGAUGCUGCUCGCUUACACCACAGGAGGGAGUUACACGUCGCUCUUUCAAAUAUUUUCAGUUAUGGCAUCAUUUUUUCUUAGUACAGUGCAUUUCAGUUUAUAAACAUGCUGACUUUGAGUUGUGUUCUGGAUUGUCACUGCAAAUAGGUUAAUGUACAAAAUCAAUACGCAGCGGUAAUGUAUUGUAACUGUUUACAAUUGAACUCUGAAUACCAAUUGAUGGGUUUUAUCAAGCUAUUUAAAAACAAAUAAAAAUCUUUUUAAAAAUUA